GCUUCUUACUCCAUGAACAGCACUUUGUAACAACUAUUUGCAUAGCAUUUCAGUUUGGUGUGUAAGUAAUCAGAGUGUUCAGGGGGAUAAGCUGAGGAUAUUAUAGGCAGUUGCUAGAUAGUUUAUGUAAGGAACUUGUGCAUCCACAGAUUGGUAUACACCAAGAGCCAUGGAAUCAUUUUGCCACCACUAACCAAGAUUUAACCAAAAUUUGGGGUGAUAGUUGAAGACCAGGGAUUUUGUUUUAUUCUGUAGGCAGCAAGCCAUUUUUCCUCUUCCAUGGGGGUCAAGAACAUCACUGUGGCCUGAGAUACAUAUGUCCAUGGCUGCACCAAAUCCACUAGAGGGCAGCCCCAAAUCCAACAGAUCACUUCCUAUGUGUCCUGGUAUAGAUCUGAUUCAGUUUGGUCCUCACAGCGUCCUUUCUGUAUUGAGCACAGUGCAGGAUCCCUGCUUCUCAACAAAGCCACUUCCCAACAAGCAGCUCGCGCAUGUUUAUCUUACCGUCUGUUGUUUAUAGAGCUCUGUGUGUUGGGAAGUUUCAGUGUCUGUGAGAUUCUAUAGAGAGAAAGCUGAUGACCUCAUAUAGAACAUGCAGUGAUUACAAUGGGUGGAGUCACUUGGCGUCGGCAAAGCCACGGUUCCUUUAACAAAUGGGAGGAAGCUGUGUUUUGACACAAGUGGGCAGCGGUGCUGGACAGGUAGUUGGUCACUCAGCCGCUCUCUGAAACCAACGUAGCUUUGGCGGGUUUGUUGUGUUGUGUUGUGUUUUAAUCCCACUUAUUUAUUCUCUUUAGUGACCCUCUUCAAUGUAUCUUUGCACUGUGUCCUAAGUGGCAGGCCUUGGCCUCAGUUGGAUUAAUCCGCUCUCAUCCAUGUCAUGUGUUCUCUGGUGUUUAUGGUCUACAGUUCAGAAUCACUCACGGGACUGAUAGACUGGUUUGAGUAUUUGCAUCCCUAAGACUUCCCUCUCCAUCCCACUCACACAUCUAUCCACACAUCCACUCCCAACAACACAAAUAUUGACUGUACCAAUCAUUCAUUAGCAGUGAAAAAUUGGAGAGCAAUUAUUUUUUACUGCGCUUGCCCUGAAAGACACCAUUAAUUAUUUUAUUGCCUGUGGAGCUGAGCCAGUUUCGGUGUCCCAGGAGCCUGCUCCCCACCUCGAGAGGUAUUCGCAGCUCGGAGGAACACAGCCCAGGGUGUCAUCUGGCAGGCAGGGUGCUUACACUGCCUUCUGAAGUGAGAUGUCCCUGCCUUGGUGGUGGAAUCCUCAUGAUAGGGAGUUCACAGGUCUGGACCAGCAGUGACGACGGUCAACGGCAAAGACUUAUCCCGAGCAACUCAUGACCAGGCUGUGGAAGCUUUCAAGACAGCCAAGGAGCCCAUCGUGGUACAAGUGUUGAGGAGGACACCUCGAACCAAAAUGUUCACUCCUGCCUCAGAGUCACAGCUGGUAGACACAGGCACCCAAACCGACAUCACCUUCGAGCACAUCAUGGCCCUGACCAAGAUGUCUUCUCCCAGCCCACCUGUGUUGGAUCCUUACCUGCUGCCUGAAGAGCACCCCUCAUCCCAUGAAUACUAUGAUCCGAAUGACUACAUGGGGGACAUCCAUCAGGACAUGGACAGGGAAGAGCUGGAGCUAGAGGAAGUGGGCCUCUACAGGAUGAACAGCCAGGACAAGUUGGGCCUCACCGUGUGCUACCGGACAGAUGACGAAGAUGACAUAGGGAUUUACAUAAGUGAGAUCGACCCUAACAGCAUUGCAGCCAAGGAUGGACGCAUCCGUGAAGGAGACCGCAUCAUCCAGAUUAAUGGGAUAGAAGUGCAGAACCGUGAAGAGGCAGUGGCUCUUCUAACCAGUGAAGAAAACAAGAACUUUUCGUUGCUGAUUGCAAGGCCUGAACUCCAGCUGGACGAGGGCUGGAUGGAUGACGACAGGAAUGACUUUCUGGAUGACUUACACAUGGACAUGCUUGAGGAGCAGCAUCACCAGGCCAUGCAGUUCACAGCCAGUGUGCUCCAACAGAAGAAGCAUGAGGAAGAUGGUGGAACCACAGACACGGCCACCAUCUUAUCCAACCAGCACGAGAAAGACAGCGGCGUGGGUCGGACGGAUGAGAGCACCCGCAACGACGAGAGCUCCGAACAGGAGAACAACGGUGAAGACGCCACGGCGUCCUCCAACCCGCUGGCGGGCCAGAGGAAGCUGACCUGUAGCCAGGACACCCUAGGCAGUGGCGACCUGCCUUUCAGCAAUGAAUCCUUCAUCUCUGCGGACUGUACCGACGUGGACUACCUGGGCAUCCCAGUAGACGAGUGUGAGCGUUUCCGCGAGCUGCUGGAGCUCAAGUGUCAGGUGCAGAGCAGCAACCCCUACAGCCUGUACUACCCCAGCAGCCCGGUGGACACGGCUGCCAAGAGCGACCCGGAGAGUGUGGACAAGGAGCUGGAGCUCCUCAACGAGGAGCUGCGCAGCAUCGAGCUGGAGUGCCUGAGCAUCGUGCGUGCGCACAAGAUGCAGCAGCUGAAGGAGCAGUACCGCGAGUCCUGGAUGCUGCACCACAGUGGCUUCCGCAACUACAACACCAGCGUGGACGUGCGCCGCCAUGAGCUCUCGGACAUCACUGAGCUGCCCGAGAAGUCAGACAAGGAUAGCUCGAGCGCCUACAACACCGGGGAGAGCUGCCGGAGUACCCCACUCACCCUGGAGAUCUCCCCAGACAACUCCUUGCGGAGGGUGGCUGAGGGAAGUAGCGAAGGGGCCGCGGCCAGCAUCGAAGCUUACAGGCCAUCCCCCAAGAACCUGCUCGCCAUCACUGAGGACCCUGAAGUAAGCACCCCCAACUACAGCCCUAGCGCCAAAGAGCUGGACCCCAGCCAGGCCCUGGAGAGCAAAGAGCGCCGAGUUAGCGAUGGCAGCAGGAGCCCCACCGCCAGCCCAAAGCUGGGCAGUGCCUACCUGCCCUCAUACCACCACUCCCCGUACAAGCACGCGCACAUCCCAGCGCACGCGCAGCACUACCAGAGCUACAUGCACCUGAUCCAGCAGAAGUCAGCCGUGGAGUAUGCGCAAAGCCAGAUGAGCCUGGUGAGCAUGUGCAAGGACUUGAACUCCUCUAACUCGGCCGAACCCAGGAUGGAGUGGAAAGUGAAGAUCCGCAGCGACGGGACACGCUACAUUACCAAAAGGCCGGUGCGUGACCGGCUGCUGCGGGAGCGUGCGCUGAAGAUCCGGGAGGAACGCAGCGGCCUGACCACCGAUGACGACGCCAUGAGUGAGAUGAAGAUGGGGCGCUACUGGAGCAAGGAGGAGCGCAAACAGCAUCUGGUGAAGGCCAAGGAGCAGAGAAGGAGGCGCGAGUUUAUGAUGCAGAGCAGGCUGGAUUGUCUGAAGGAACAGCAGGCGGCCGACGACAGGAAGGAGAUGAACAUCCUGGAACUGAGCCACAAAAAGAUGAUGAAGAAGAGGAACAAAAAGAUCUUUGACAAUUGGAUGACCAUCCAAGAACUCUUAACCCACGGCACAAAAUCGCCAGACGGCACUAGGGUAUACAAUUCCUUCCUGUCGGUGACUACUGUGUAACUCUCACUGUGUACAGAGGAGAGACCGCUACCGUUGGGGUAGACAUCCUUGCCUCGUUCAAUGCGGCAAGUUUUUGUAUAUAUAAGCCCGGCCAUCAUGUUGAUAGUCUAAAUUUGCCACUCCUACAACUUUGGGUGUCCUGGCUCUGUUUUCAGUGAAGGGAAAAAUACACCCUUACUCUCUUAGAAGGCAAUAUUAACAAGCAGCUUUUUUUCAAAUAGCAAUGGUAAUUUUUUACUUGUUAACCUUUUUCAUAAAGUGUUUAAAUUUCCAAAAGAUCUUUUAUUAAGCAUACUUUCACAGAAUAAUUUGUUUAAACUAUAUUCAUAUAAAAGAAGGUUAAACACGCUUUUUUUCUGCCUAAGACACAAAGUGCAACUGCCAGUAUGUAUUUUUAAUGGGACCCUAUUUUGUAAUGUCACUUCGCUGAAAGGUGUUUCAUACGAGUCACCAUUCACUCCUACAGCUUAUGUCAGUUGUGGUUUCAAUGCAAACCCGCCAAAGUCUGCUUGGUGAUUUCACACACACCUACACCCAAACUAACAAUGUUUCCAGUCAGGAUAUCCAUUUUUAACAUUUUUCUGGUUAAGGUUCCCAAGGAGAGUGUCAAGGUUUUAACAGCGAGCAAAAUUUCCUGCAGCUGUAUGGACGCUUAAAGCAUGUUUGCCAAUAUUACCGCCUGUUGGAAGAAUUUGCAUGUACAGGGAGUUGUGGAUGGAGACAGUUUGUGGAGUUUUAAGUGCUCAUCGUUGUAGACCUUUGCUUUGUAGAUUGGAAGGGACAGACUUAACCAAGCAAGUUCACAGAAUCAUGAUUAGUUACAAACAUCAAGUAAAAUGAAGUUAAAAUAAAUUAUUAUUUUCUAUUUGA